AGAAUGAGUCCACUCGCGUUCAUCCUGGUGGCUGGAUUAUUGUGCUUCCAAGUUGAUGGAUCCCGUCUGCGCCAGGAGGACUCGCCGCCCCGGAUCGCCGAACACCCCUCUGACCUGAUCGUGUCCAAGGGCGAGCCGGCGACCCUCAACUGCAAAGCCGAGGGCCGGCCCACGCCCACGGUGGAGUGGUACAAGGACGGCGAGCGGGUGGAGACGGACAAGGACGACCCGCGCUCGCACCGCAUGCUGCUGCCCAGCGGCUCGCUCUUCUUCCUGCGCAUCGUGCACGGGCGGCGGAGCAAACCAGACGAGGGCGCCUACGUGUGCGUGGCCCGCAACUACCUGGGCGAGGCCGUCAGCCGCAACGCCUCCUUGGAAGUUGCACUGCUGCGAGACGACUUCCGGCAGAACCCGAGCGACGUGGUGGUGGCGGCGGGCGAGCCGGCCAUCCUGGAGUGCGUUCCUCCCAGAGGUCACCCCGAACCCACCAUCUACUGGAAAAAGGACAAAGUGCGCAUUGAAGACAGGGACGACAGAGUCACGAUACGUGGAGGGAAGCUGAUGAUCUCCAACACCAAAAAAAGCGACGCUGGCAUGUACAUUUGUGUGGGCACCAACAUGGUGGGAGAACGGGACAGCGAAACGGCACAGGUCACCGUGUUUGAGCGACCGACCUUCCUCCGCCGGCCCAUCAACCAGGUGGUGCUGGAGGACGAGAUGGUGGAGUUCCGCUGCCAGGUGCAGGGAGACCCCCAGCCCAACGUGCGCUGGAGGAGGGACGACGUCGACGUUCCUCGCGGGAGGUACGAAAUCAAAUACGACAAGGACGACUAUGUGCUGAGGGUGAAGAAGGCGUCCGUCAACGAUGAGGGCACCUUCAGCUGCGUGGCGGAGAACCGCGUGGGCAAGCUGGAGGCCUCCGCCACCCUCACCGUCCGAGCUGCCCCGCAGUUCGUCAUCCGUCCCAGGGACCAGAUCGUGGCCCAAGGACGCACUGCCACUUUUCCGUGCGAGACCAAAGGCAACCCUCAGCCUGCAGUAUUUUGGCAGAAGGAAGGAAGUCAGAAUUUGCUGUUCCCCAACCAGCCGCAGCAGCCCAACAGCCGCUUCUCGGUGUCGCCCGGCGGCGCCCUCACCAUCGCCUCGGUGCAGCGGGCCGACGCCGGCUACUACAUCUGCCAGGCGCUGACCGUCGCUGGCAGCAUCCUGGCCAAGGCGCAGCUAGAGGUCACAGAUGUCCUGUCGGACAGACCGCCGCCCGUCAUCCGCCAAGGCCCCUCCAACCAGACGCUUGCCGUGGACGGCGUGGCCCUGCUCAAGUGCCAGGCGUCGGGCGACCCCAUCCCUUCCGUCAGCUGGCUUAAGGAUGGCGUCAGUCUGCUGGGGAAGGACCCCCGCAUGUCCCUGCAGGAACUGGGCAGCCUGCAGAUUACCAAUAUAAAGCUCUCAGACUCGGGGAUCUACACGUGCGUGGCAACCAGCUCGAGCGGAGAGACGUCUUGGAGCGCUUUCCUCGAAGUCAAAGAAGCCGGCGGCGCAACGCUCACCAAGAACCACGACGACGACGAGCUCCCAGGCCCGCCCUCCAAGCCUCAGGUCACCGACGUCACCAAGAACAGCGUGUCUCUAUCGUGGCAGGCCGGCUUGGUCGGCGCGUCGCCCGUCAGCUCCUUUGUCAUCGAGGCCUUCAGCCAGUCGGUGAGCAACAGCUGGCAAACGGUGGCGGAUCACGUGAAGACCACUCAGUUCACCGUCAAGGGUCUGCGCCCCAACACCAUCUACCUGUUCAUGGUCCGAGCGGUCAACGGCCAGGGCGUGAGCGACCCGAGUCCCAUGUCGGAGCCCGUCAGAACGCAAGACAUCAGUCCUCCGGCUCAGGGCGUGGACCACCGGCACGUGCAGAAGGAGCUCGGCGAGGUGAUUGUUCGCUUGCACAACCCCGUGGUGUUGAGUCCCACGGCCAUCCAGGUCACAUGGAUGGUGGACCGCCAGUCCCAGUUCAUCCAAGGCUACAGAGUUCUGUACAGGCAGACGUCAGGGCUGCCCUCGCCGGGACACUGGCAGACGCAGGACGUGAAGGUCCCGUCGGAGCGCGGCGUGGUCUUGUCGUCUCUGAAGAAGGGCAUCGUGUACGAGAUCAAGGCGCGGCCUUACUUCAACGAGUUCCAAGGCAUGGACAGCGAAUCCAAGACGGCACGAACCACCGAGGAAGCCCCCAGUGCGCCCCCUCAGCAGGUUACAGUCCUCACCGUGGGAAACCAGAACAGCACUUCUAUCAGCAUCUCCUGGGACCCCCCUCCGCCGGACCACCAGAAUGGUAUCAUCCAAGAGUACAAGAUCUGGUGCCUCGCGAACGAGACGCGCUUCCACGUCAACAAGACGGUGGACGCCGCCAUUCGCUCGGUGGUGGUGGGCGGGCUGCAGGUGGGCAUGGUUUACCGGGUGGAAUUGGCCGCCAGCACCAGCGCGGGGGUGGGGGUCAAGAGUGAACCCCAGUCCAUCGUUAUCGGCAAGGCCUUCCAGGACGUGAUCAUCCACGGCAACCGCAACAACAGCAUCACGGAGCAGAUCACCGACGUGGUCAAGCAGCCCGCCUUCAUCGCCGGCAUCGGCGGCGCCUGCUGGGUCAUCCUCAUGGGCUUCAGCAUCUGGCUGUACUGGCGCCGGAAGAAGAGGAAGGGCCUGAGCAACUACGCAGUGACGUUCCAGAGAGUCGACGGCGGCCUGAUGAGCAAUGGGAGUCGGCCAGGCUUACUGAAUGCCAGCGACCCGGGGUACCCCUGGUUGGCUGACUCCUGGCCCGCCACCUGCUUGCCUGUCAACGGCAGUUCCGUGGGACCCAAUGACCUCACCAACUUUGGCCGAGGAGAUAUCCCGAGCGGCCAGGGGGAUAAGACGGGAACCAUGCUCUCGGACGGAGCCAUCUACAGCAGCAUCGAUUUCACCACCAAAGCCAACUACAGCAACCCGGGCCAAGCGUCCCAGGCCACCCCGUAUGCCACCACUCAGAUCCUGCACACCAGCAGCAUCCACGAGCUGGCCGUGGAGCUGCCCGAGGUCCAGUGGAAGGCCUCGCUGCAGGCCAAGCAAGAGAUGGCCAACUUGGGCUACUCGCUGCCCGACAAGAACUCCUGUAACAACACCCUCCUUUUCAUUCCCGACUACCGACUGACCGACGGGCUGUCUAAUCGAAUUCCGCACAACCAAUCACAAGAUUUCAGCACUACCAGCUCUCACAACAGCUCAGAGCGAAGCGGCAGUCUCUCAGGUGGUAAAGGAGGAAAGAAGAAGAAGACCAAGGCCGGUUCCAAGCCCACUAAAGCCAACGGUUCCAACUGGGCUAAUGUCCCCUUACCCCCUCCCCCUAUACACCCUCUUCCGGGCACCGACAUGGACCACUAUCCCAAUGAGCACCACGACGGAGGAGGGUACGAGAGCGACGGCUGGGGUCCCCCGAUGCCCGUGCAGACCUACCUCCACCAGGGCAUGGAGGACGAGCUGGAGGAAGAGGAGGAGCGGGUGCCCACCCCGCCCGUCAGGGGCGUGGCCUCCUCCCCGGCCGCCGUCUCCUUCGGCCAGCAGUCCACGGCCACCCUCACGCCCUCCCCUCGGGACGAGAUGCAGCCCAUGCUCCAGGCCCAUCUGGACGAGCUGACCCGGGCCUACCAAAUGGACAUGGCCAAGCAGACAUGGCACAUGCAAGGGGGGUCCCUGCCGCCCCAGGCUCCGGCCCCUCCGGCGGGCUACAUGUCAAGCGCAAUGGUGUCCGACCUGGAGACGGACCUAGCGGACGACGACGAGGAGGACGAUGACGAGGAGGAAGAUGAAGGCUACGGAGCCAGGCAUCCCCGCGGAAUCGAGCACACGCCGGGCUCCAGCAUGGACAACCUGGACAGCUCUUUGACAGGCUCCAUGGCGAACGGCUGGGGCUCGGCCUCGGAGGACGAGCGCAAUUUCUCCAGCCACCGCUCCAGCUUGGCUAGCUCGUCCGACGGCUCCAUCUUUACCCACUGCAGCUUUGCCCAGGCCCUGGUGGCCGCUGCGGACAAGGCGGGCUACCGGCUGGACGGCACCAGCCUCAGCAAGCGCGAUAAAGGCUUGUCCCACAGGCACCGGCCCAGCAGUCCGUUCUCGACAGAUGGCAGCACAGUGGGAACGCAUAGCCUAGGCCACCAGAGAGCCCAGCGGCCGGCGCGCAAACCCCGGAACCUGGGCACAGCACCCCAUCGCAGAGAUGCCGGUGCAGACGACCUACCUCCGCCACCCGAGCCCCCGCCCGGCCAGGCCCAGACUCGGGCCCAAACAGGUCGCUGCAUCAACAGCGCGAUCCCCCCUCCGGAGAGGAAGGCGACGUCCCUGGAGCGCCCGCCCAUGUCCGGUGCGCUGGACGACAGGCAGAUGGCACGCGCCACUCUGGAACAUCAUCGCCAGGCUCAAGAGCGACCGGGCCCCACGGAGAGAGCCGACGACGGUCGCAGAGGCCACAAAAACGAGGAAGCUUGCCUGCCAUACCAUAAACCGUCCUUCCCGUCCCCGGGCGCCCACAGCUCGUCGGGCACCGCCUCCUCCAAGGGCUCGACGGGGCCCCGCAAGACGGACGGCCCUCGGCAGCCGCAGCAGUGGACGGCCAUGGAGCACGCCGACUUCCUGGGGACCAACGGACAAGGGCAGUACUCAGGAGAGUUAUAGUGUUCCACUUGGCUGAUGAUCUGGCAAAACAAACGACAGUGACGUCCCCCCCCCCCAUCCCCCCCUCCUCGUCGUCGUCAGGGGCGACGAGGACAUCUUGUCCGUCCUGGUUUUGUCAUCUUUGUGGACUGAGGGGCGGACAUCCCGGUGGCAGGAACGGCGGGGUCGUCACGAGCGUGCAUAUUUGACGUACGAUGUAUAGACACAGACAUAUUGUACAUCUCACUAUGGUUUUGGGCUUUUCUUUUUUUUUGUCCGAAAA